CUCCUAGUGGAAAGUAAAUCGGCACCUAAUUUCUCUCUACUUUCUCGCCGAGAGAAAUCUUGUUUCCAGAAGCACAGAAUCACCUGGUAGUGAAGGAGACAGCUUAGAACGAAGAACGAAGAAUGGCAGAAGAACGAGAGGAUCCACAGAGGCUGAAGAGGGCAGCGGCGGCAGCAUACGAUUACGAGAACGAUCCCAAAUGGGCUGAUUACUGGUCCAACAUUCUGAUCCCUCCUCACAUGGCUUCUCGCCCCGACGUUGUUGACCAUUACAAGCGCAAGUUCUACCAGCGUUACAUCGAUCCCGAUCUUGUGGUAGAGGCCAUGUCUUCAAGUAGUUCAACUCAGUCAUCCAGACCUUCAGCAACAUCUUCAGCAGCACCCCCUCCUACUAAUGACCGUAGUCGACCACGAAGUUCAGGGUCAACGACUAGGACUUCAGGUACGUCUGCAAGUGCAGAUGCUAAUCCAAGUCCGUUGCGCUGGGAUCGACAAACGAUCCAGUUUUCUGUCAAUGCAUGGGUGCUUAUUGUAGCUGUGCUUGCAAUUUUCCCCCUAAUACCCAAAAAUCUUUCGCAGAGGGCAUAUAGGCUAUCUUUUAUGGGCAUAACUUGUUCUUCUUUAUAUUCUUUGUACUCGUUAUACGGAAAGCCCAGGGCGUGGAAUUUGCAAGCAUUGCAAACCUAUUUCCAGUCCAUAAUUGCAACAAAAGAUUUCAUUUACUUCAUUUACUGUAUCACCUUUUUGACUUCAAAUAUUUGUCUUAAAUUUGCUUUAAUUCCUAUCCUGUGUCGGGCUCUUGAACAUGUUGCAAAGUUUCUUAGGCGUAAUUUUGCACGUUCGUCCUUAUACAGGAAAUAUUUGGAAGAGCCUUGCGUAUGGGUGGAGUCAAAUUCAACUACUCUCAGCAUCCUAUCUUCGCAGGCUGAGAUUGGACUUGGCUUCCUCCUAAUCAUCUCCUUGCUUUCGUGGCAACGCAACUUCUUACAUGCAUUCAUGUACUGGCAGCUGCUAAAGCUCAUGUAUCACGCUCCUGCCACUUCUGGGUAUCAUCGUAGCGCCUGGUCGAAUAUUGGGAGGUUUGUUUCUCCGUUGAUCUACCGCUAUGCCCCGUUCCUCAAUACUCCUCUUUCAAUGGCGCAGCGAUGGUGGUUCAGGUAGAAAGCUAAUAGAGGAAGAAGAUGCAACUCUGAUGUACCAAAAUUUUUAGACUAAUCAUAGUAGUGACUCCAUAAGUUGGAUGAGAUUCUCACUUACAAAAACUGUGGAUCAAGUUUGGCGUCCAAAUGCAACUUAUAUACUUAUCAUUGAUAUACAUUAUACACAUCUUAGGAGAUUACUAUGUUUGAAAUGUGGGUUAAAUUUUGUCAUACUGCCUAAAGGUUUCUCAUGGUGGUGGCUAUAUGCCUUCUGUUCA